CCAAAAAGGAUGCCAAUAACAGGAAAUAUGUUGUUGUAUUUGUUACUAGUGAAGGUUCAGUUUCCCAGAGAAUGGAGUAUUUUAGCGAAGAAGAAUCAAUGGAAUAUCUGACUAAAAAGCACAAGAUCAAUAAGAUGAUUUUAUUGCUGGAUAAUCCUUUGAAGAAACAAUUUGAUUCUGCAAACCUUCUUCGAAAUCAAUCAAAUCAUGAAGCAGGAAAAUAUUUAAUUAAAGUUUUACUGGAUUUUAAAGAGAUUGAUACUGAUUUAUGUAGAGAGUAUUUUAAGGACAAGAAAUACAGUGAAGUUUUAGAAACUAAUGUAUUUGCAUACUAUCCAUCAAGAGAUUGUAUGACCUUUCAGUUGCAAUCAAUAGAAUCCUAUAUUCGUAAAAAUGCUAAUAUAUUUCUUAAACAAGAGUCAUAA